UGUUCGGUGAGAAUUUUAUGCCAAAUCCAUUUCCACUUGGUUGUUCGGUGCCGUUUUGUACUCAUCAUAUUCUCCGUCCAUUUCCAAUUCAACAAUCGAAUCGAAAUCUCCUUGAAACGAAGUGUGUUUCUUCAAUCCCAACAACAACUGAUAAAAAUCUAUUUGCUUUUAUUUGCAAAGUAUCGACAUCUUCACCCGUCACCUAUCACAAUUUUAAUAAUGAAAGGUCAUGUCACAUACCAGUGCAAAUAGCAAUAACGAAUGAUAACAUUCUGCAUCGUCGGAGUUGCACAGUCACCAUUCAUUUUAUGGAUUCCAAUCUUGUUCGAAAGCAGACGGUAGACUCGGAGAGUACAAAUGUUUCAGAAUUUCUACCGCAGAACAUAAUUUCAUCACCAAAUUCAUAUGUACGUUCCUCAUUAGCCUUUCAGCCAGUGAUUGUAGCCGAUCGUUCACGUAUGCAUGCAACAGUAGCUUUUGGUUGUACGCAGAUUUUUGAUAUCCGACUCACUGUCUAUUGUCCGUCGACUUAUGAUAUCAGUCGCUUUCAAGCCGUUGGCUUAUUCGACGGUGACGGAACCGAAGUGCCUAUACAUGUACCUCCGACAUAUGUUACUGUGAUUGAUCGACGGGUUUGA